ACUUCUGCUGGUCCCGGCCGCCCGUCAGCCGCGAGCGCGACGAUCCCUCCGCUCCUCGGCGGGCGCCUCCCCCGCCGUCGCAGCCGCCGCCGCCGCGCUCGGGUCCGGAUCCGUCCGCCGCGCGGGAGCAGCAAGGCCGGCAAGUCCCGGCAGGAUCCCUCCGCGCCUCCCGCCGCGCGUCCCUCCCCCUCCAGCGCCCGUUCCGCGGCCGCGGCCCCCAGCGCUCCCCAGGCGGCGACGCCGCGCCCGCGGCCCGGGGUAACGGCCGGCCUGGGCGGAGGCGCGGGCGGCGGAGACGGCAUGGCCGGGGCGGCUCCGUCGGGGGGCGGCCCGCAGUGACAGACCCUGCGGCGCGGGGGGAGAUGGGGGCGGCCGCCUCCCGGGCGACGACGACGACGACGACGAGGAGCAGCCGCCGCCGCCGCCGCGCACCGGCCGCCGCUGGGCACGGGCGCGGGGAAGGCGCCUCCCCGUGAGCGGGGGGCCCGAGGCCGCUCGCCGCCCCCGGCCGCCCCGGCCGCCCCGGGCCCCCCCGGCGCCCCGCGCGCGCCCGCCCGCCGGCCCCUGACGGGAGCCUUGCCCGGCCCCGGUCCCCGCCCCCGCCCCGGCGCCCGCCCGGCCCGCGGCGCCCGCGCGCCCUCGCCCGGACCCGGCCCCGGCCCGCGCGCCCCCGGUCCCGGCGCGCCCCGGCCGCGGCCCCAGGCGCCCCCCGGCCGCCCCCGCGCGGCCCCCGGCCCCGGGUCGCGGCGCGGCGCGGGCGGCAGCAUGGUGGAGAAGCGCUGCCCGCUGCAGAGGGACGGCGUGUACCGCUGGUUCUCGGAGCUGCCAUCGCCGCAGCGCGUGGAGUUCCUGUGCGGCCUGCUGGACCUGUGCAUCCCGCUCGAGCUGCGCUUCCUCGGCUCGUGCCUGGAGGACCUGGCCCGCAAGGACUACCACUCGCUGCGCGACUCGGAGAUCAAGGCCAACAACCCUGCCGACCUGGGCAGCCUCACCAACCUGACGGACGAGGUGGUGCGCAGCAAGCUGCUGGUGUCGCUGGCGCUGCUGGGCUCGGAGCAGCGCGAGGCGGCGGGCGUGCUCUACCGCACACUCACGCACAUCGACUCCAUCAUCCACAACUACGGGCUGCAGCUCAACGAGGGCCGCACGGGCGAUGAGUUCCUGCUGCUGUUCACCAUGGCCUCCAACCACCCGGCCUUCAGCUUCCACCAGAAGCAGGUGCUGCGCCAGGAGCUCACGCAGAUCCAGAGCAGCCUGAACGGCGGCGGGGGCCACGGCGGCAAGGGCGCGCCCGGGCCGGGCGGCGCGCUGCCUACCUGCCCGGCCUGCCACAAGAUCACUCCAAGAACUGAGGCCCCUGUCAGCAGUGUCAGUAAUAGUUUGGAGAAUGCCCUGCACACAUCAGCACAUUCCACGGAGGAGUCGCUGCCCAAGAGGCCCUUAGGAAAACACAGCAAAGUGAGUGUUGAAAAGAUAGACCUGAAGGGAUUAUCACACACAAAAAAUGACAGAAAUGUUGAAUGUUCCUUUGAGGUCUUAUGGUCUGAUUCUUCAAUAACAUCAGUAACCAAAUCUUCCUCUGAAGUGACUGAAUUUAUUUCAAAGCUAUCCCAGCUCUACCCUGAAGAGAACUUGGAGAAACUCAUUCCUUGCUUAGCUGGUCCGGAUGCAUUUUAUGUGGAGCGAAACCACGUGGAUCUGGAUUCAGGCCUGAGGUACCUGGCCUCAUUACCUUCUCACGUGUUGAAAAAUGACCAUGUCAGGAGGUUUCUCAGCACUUCCUCUCCCCCCCAGCAGCUUCAGAGUCCAAGUCCUGGCAACCCCUCCCUUUCUAAAGUAGGUACCGUGAUGGGCGUGUCUGGAAGGCCUGUGUGUGGAGUGGCUGGUAUCCCGUCCUCGCAGAGCGGAGCCCAGCACCAUGGGCAGCACCCAGCUGGCUCAGCCGCCCCCUUGCCCCACUGCUCCCAUGGGGGCAGCGCGGGCUCAGCCCUGGCCUACCGGACCCAGAUGGACACAUCGCCUGCCAUCCUCAUGCCUUCCAGUCUGCAGACCCCUCAGACCCAGGAGCAGAACGGGAUUCUAGACUGGCUUAGGAAACUGCGUUUGCACAAGUAUUACCCCGUCUUUAAGCAGCUCUCCAUGGAGAAGUUUUUGAGCCUUACUGAAGAAGAUCUGAAUAAAUUUGAGUCUCUCACCAUGGGGGCAAAGAAGAAGCUCAAGACCCAGCUGGAGCUGGAAAAGGAGAAGUCAGAGAGACGGUGCCUGAACCCCUCGGCCCCGUCGCUGGUCACCAGCAGUGGUGUGGCUCGAGUGCCCCCCACCAGCCACGUCGGGCCCGUGCAGUCGGGGCGGGGCAGCCACGCAGCAGAGCUGCGGGUGGAAGUGGAGCAGCCCCAUCACCAGCUGCCCCGGGAAGGCAGUUCCUCGGAGUACUCCAGCUCCUCCUCCAGCCCCAUGGGGGUGCAGGCCCGGGAAGAGAGCUCCGACAGCGCUGAGGAGAAUGACAGACGUGUGGAGAUUCACUUAGAGAGCUCUGACAAGGAGAAGCCGGUGAUGCUACUGAAUCACUUCACUUCCAGUUCCGCCAGACCCACGGCCCAGGUUCUCCCUGUGCAGAAUGAGGCCAGCUCCAAUCCAUCAGGCCACCACCCCCUGCCCCCGCAGAUGCUGAGCGCAGCCUCACACAUCGCACCCAUCCGCAUGCUGAAUUCCGUGCACAAGCCGGAAAGAGGGAGCGCGGACAUGAAGCUCCUCUCGUCUUCCGUGCACUCUCUUUUGUCUCUAGAAGAAAGGAAUAAAGGAUCUGGACCAAGAAGCAGCAUGAAAGUGGACAAGAGCUUUGGCAGCGCCAUGAUGGACGUGCUGCCCACGUCCGCACCCCACCAGCCUGUGCAGGUUCUCUCUGGGCUUUCGGAGAGCAGCUCCAUGUCACCCACAGUCUCCUUUGGUCCCCGGACCAAAGUCGUGCAUGCGUCCACGCUGGACAGGGUGCUGAAGACAGCACAGCAGCCGGCCCUGGUGGUGGAGACCAGCACGGCCGCCACAGGGACGCCCAGCACAGUCCUCCACGCCGCCCGUCCUCCCAUCAAACUGCUGCUGUCGUCAUCUGUUCCUGCCGAUUCUGCCAUUUCUGGGCAAACUUCCUGUCCUAAUAAUGUGCAAAUAAGUGUGCCCCCUGCAAUAAUAAACCCCCGGACUGCUCUGUACACAGCCAACACCAAAGUUGCCUUUUCUGCAAUGAGCAGUAUGCCAGUGGGCCCCCUGCAGGGUGGCUUCUGUGCAAACAGCAACACUGCCUCUCCCAGCAGCCACCCCUCCACGUCCUUUGCCAACAUGGCCACGUUGCCCAGCUGCCCAGCCCCCAGCUCCAGCCCUGCGCUGUCCUCCGUCCCUGAAAGCAGUUUCUAUAGCAGCAGUGGCGGUGGCGGCUCCACAGGAAACAUUCCUGCCUCCAAUCCGAACCACCACCACCACCACCACCAUCAGCAGCCCCCGGCACCCCCGCAGCCUGCCCCGCCCCCGCCGGGCUGCAUCGUGUGCACGUCCUGUGGCUGCAGCGGCAGCUGCGGCUCGAGUGGCCUGACUGUCAGCUACGCCAACUACUUCCAGCACCCGUUCUCCGGUCCGUCCGUGUUCACCUUCCCGUUUUUGCCCUUCAGUCCCAUGUGCAGCAGCGGCUACGUCAGCGCCCAGCAGUACGGCGGUGGCUCCACCUUCCCCGUCGUGCACGCCCCCUACAGCAGCAGUGGGACCCCAGACCCUGUCCUGAGUGGGCAGUCCACGUUUGCCGUGCCACCCAUGCAGAGCUUCAUGGCAGGGACAGCAGGGGUGUACCAGACCCAAGGACUGGUGGGCAGUAGCAAUGGCUCCAGUCACAAAAAGAGCGGGAACCUGUCUUGCUACAACUGCGGGGCCACUGGCCACCGCGCCCAGGACUGCAAACAGCCGUCCAUGGACUUCAACCGGCCAGGUACUUUUAGGUUGAAAUACGCCCCUCCAGCAGAAAGUCUGGACUCCACAGAUUGAUAUUUUUCUCUGGCAACAGAACAUUAUUAAGCCAUGGAGACAUAAGGAAAAUUAAAUACAAAACUGAGAAGUCUAGUUGCUGUUGAGCUUAAUCUUUUUAAUCCAAAGGUGCUUUACUUUUCCUAGACUGGAUAGAAAAUCUAGCGUAGAAGUGCAUCAAACUCGAUUUAUUGCCAAAACCCUAGAUGGGAGCUUGGUGUCAGAACUUGCCUAGUGGGCGUCCCCGUGGCUGGUGAAAUCAGCCACCUACACUUCUGGUUGCAGUGCAGAGACGCCAUGUCUGCCGAAGAGCAUUGCCAACACUGGCCCUCCUAGGCUCACACGUCAGUUCCAGGGCAGCUACACGUGGUCUGAAUCGAGAACUGAGCUUGGAGUUCUCCAAGUGGAGUUCCACCCGCCGGACUCCUGACACCCCUGGGCUAGGGAAAAUGUCGACUUUGUUUUGUUCUGUUCCUAAAGUGAUUAGCACUAAUCUCUGGGAUUUUUAAGGAUUGCACUACAGAAGAAUGUACCCUGAUGUAAAUCUCUGCAGUUCUGGGAGCCAAACUCCUCUGAGAACAGUCAGUGCAAGAGACUCCAAUAAUCCGUAUUUAAAGAGUCAGCACCAGCAGGCUACUCGACUUAGGACACAACAGAGAUUUUAGUAUUUCCUUCCCUCCUCCAAGCACUUGUAGCAGUUUCAGGUUUUUGAUUUUUUUCUGCAAAUAAAUCUAAACUACAUUAUUAAAUAGAGAUAGUUUACUCGCAACAACUUAAUUUCUAAGGGUCCAAGUCCCAGAGAAUCCAUAGUCGUCAAAGCUUUGAGAGUUUAUCUUUCUUCCCAGCCGGUCAGUGGCUUUGAGCCCUAUCUUCCACUACAAAUGACCUCUCGAGGGGGCACGGCGACAGCGCGGCUCUGUGAGUGGCUGUGAGGAUGCUGCACGUCCUUAGCAGAGUUUGCAAGUUGCUUUAUCUCCCACGGGCUCCCCAAGAACCUCCAACCCCGAGGCUUAUCGCUAGCGGAUUCACACCUGAGACAGACAUUUCAACAACGAUACAGUCCUGUCAUUUAUCAGCAAAAGAUUGGGGAUUUUCUCCUGUCAACUUCUUUUGUAUUAGGCUGUGUAUUGAUAGUUAAUUCCGUUAAAAAUUACUUGGAAAACAGUGGGAAGUGGUAGGACUCUGGAAGAGGCCACACACCCGAGAGCUACGACAUGUGUGCAAGUCUGGUUUUGGUUAGGUAGUAAUAAAAGUCCUCACCGUCGAUCUCUAAAUUUCAACCCACGGAAAUGAAAGCCUUUUGUCAGAAAUUUACAGACUUAAAUCUUCAAGGUUAAAGGGAAUUUUCUGCUCAAAUAAUACUCAUAUCUAAAAUGCUAAAGUCUUCAAUGUUAAAAUACUGAUGGGUAAAAUCUUGCUAGGGAUUUUGCAGUUGGAUAUUUUUUAAAAAAUUACAAUAUUCAGACUAUUCUUAAAAUGGGACAAUCAGCCUCAUGAAUAAUUGAUGUAAAUCAAAAGAAUACCCUAGAAUGAGGCAUUGUGAUGUGAGGGUUCAAUUUUAAGAGCAGUUCCUAACUUCAGAGAAACUAAAGCAGAAAGUUGUUACAUUUUUUUUAUGACAGGCUUUUAGUAGAAUUUUUUAGUUUUGUUUUAGUUCAAUUUUAUUUCUAUGCAAUGCAGAAUUAACAGACCUCUUCUCCUCAUGGUACACAGUAUUACAGUGUUGAAGUAAUGGUGAUGCUUAUUACAACAGCUAUUUAGGGGAAUGUUACGUUGAUCUCUUAAAUUAUAAACACUACAAAAUGUCAAAAUAAUGAGAACUGACACAACUUUGCCUUAAAGAGUACUAGACUGGACCUUCUCAUAUUACGUUAAAGGAAGACUUAGAGUGUUCAUUGAUGUUUACGAUUUUAAUAUUUCUGAAGGCCAUUACAGUGGCCUGGAUAUGUGCUGAAAGCCAAACUUUUAAAUUUUUUGGUUUUUUAAACAAAGAAAUAUUUUAAAUAAAUCCUAUUUCAACACUGAAAUUGUUGAAAACCGUCUCAUAACGAAAGGAAAAAACAUUUAAAUUUUUGUUUUAGUGGUCAGUAUAGGGGAAUGAAAGCGUCUGUUGUUACCCAUGUAACUAUUUUGAUAAAUAUUAGAGGUUAACCUUAAAUCCAGCAAAACAUUAAAACAGAAACUUUUCAACUUGAAGCCUGCCAUUCAGCGUUGAGGUAAAUGAGUUCCGACAUUGUCACGGCUGUGUUCCCGGCAGCGAAGGUCUCUGCGGAGCUUCCAGUCGUCUUGAACGUGCAUGGGCAGUGUGUGACAUCUCCAGGGAGGCUGUCCGAAGUCGAGAAUCGUGAGCUGUAAAUAGAAACUACACAGUGCAGAGCAAAUGGAACCACCCAUCCGUGAGGCCUCUUUCCUGAGGGAGCCGCACACUUGGACUUGAGAGAAUUUGCCAGCAGUGAGCUCGGAUGCAUCUCUCCGAAAGCAACCAAGGUCGGUGCGCCUGAAGAGCGUUUUGUGUUCAUCGGACUUCCUCAUCUGAAAACACAGAACAUACUGACCCUUUCAAGUACUUAGUCAUUCUCCUGAAAUUGUGGUCUGUUUCAGAAUGCUGUGGCAACCAGGUAGGUGGGGCACUGGCCACGUGCCACGUCUCUGCCCUUUGUAGUCUGUCAGAUAUUAAAGUUUCUAGCCCUGUUUUUUUAAUCUCCAAGAAUGGGGAAAGUGGAAUGUAGAGAUGGAAGCAGAACGUGAUGUUGGGAUACAACAGCUAUUUAAUCCUUCUUUUUAUUUUUUAAGCAAAACACUCAAUUUUCUACCUUAUUUUCUAAUGUUGAUUUCGUGGUAAUAUUGACAGUUGCAAGUGUUUAACAUGAAACUCGUUGCUAAAGAGCACUGAGGAAAUGGGAGCUAGCACUUGUAAUAAAAAUGAAGACAAAAUAUUUUCUCGAAUGCAUACAUGUGAUUGGGUAUUUUGAGAACCAAUAUCAUCUGUCAUCUCCAAAAGAUUACAGGAGUCAGCUUCUAAAUAUAGUAGUGUUAGAAGGUUUCGUAUUUUUAAUUCAGUACUUAGAAUUCUAGGUGCUUUAUUGCCCAAAGUCAGCACAGUUACUUUAUACCACAGCCUCUGUCCUGGGGCACAGUAGUGGGGCAGGGUAGUGACUUUGCCUGAACAUCACCCAGCUGGAACGCCUCCCCCAUCUGAAGAGAGGCUGAGCCGGGCUUUAGACACUUGCCAAAUGGGAACUGGGUUGCACCCUCCUUGCUCUCUGUCAUUUUCUUGUCACUCUUCCUGCUUCCCAGUGUUUUGUUUUAUGCCUUGCUCGUUGUACAUCGUGAUGACUGAUGGUCUUCAAGGUUGUGAGGAAAGCCGUCUCCCUGCUUGACUCGACUGCUGUCCCAGAGGAGAGUUCUGUGCGACCUGAGCGGCGGUGGCUGCCAUUUCCAGGAUGCAGGUGACUUCCAAAGAAUGAGUCAGGUGGCACUGAAAGCCAUGGGUUCUGAAGAGGCGAAUUUGUUGAAAAGUCCCAAGGGUCUGAAUGAAAGCAUCUUUAAUCAACACUCAACACUCGCAAUAUUCUAGAAAACCAUAUACUGUGCUGGUUGAGGCCAAAGGUUAACAUUGCUCCACUUGGUUCACCAAGGAAGGGGGCAGUGGCCAUCCGCCGCGGCCUCACGUGCGUUGUAACAAGCCCUCAUCACAUGUAUGAGUCUCACGUGCACAAAAAGAGAAGGCUUUGGUACUGAAACUGGACACCUUGUGUACUCAAGAUACCUUCACAGCUUCUAUUGGACAUAUUUUCUUUUUAGGAAUGAAGGAAAAUUCUCCCAUUUUUGAGCCAUUCUUUUGUCAAUUCUACAAAAUUGCAUGUAACUUUAUAAAUAUUUUUAAAAGAUAUAGUUUUGUAAAUAUUUAAUAUUCCGCUAAUUUGAUUUUGAAUUGUAAAUGUCAAGUAUUCUGUUUUUGGGGUUUUUAUGUUUUAUUAUACUUUGUUAAAAAGGACAAAUUGUACAUUUUUAGAAUGUUUUUAUGAGUAAAUUUAAUGUACUGAAAAUAAAAAUUUUAAAAAAGACUGA